AUGUCAAACUUCAGCUGGCGUCCACCAUCUGUUCCCUUCGAGGCGCAGACACGCGAUGGCUCUCCAUUUACUGUUUGGCAUGUCUGCAUGAUCUGCCAACAACCAAGAUCUGCACGUUACCACUCUGAGCAUCCUGUUGACGCAAACCUCGCAGUCUCGCCGCCUCAGAGCGUCUGUCGUCGUUGCGCUUCCAAAUCUUCUUCGUUGCCGUUGCCUCUUUUGCUUCCUGCUCCUCAGAUCUCAUCGCCGCAACCAUCUAUUCCUCCAACCUCAACACCUCAGAGUCCAUUACCUCAGAUUGCGACACCUCAAGUUUCCACAACUCAAUUCCCGGUAUCUCCCAGCCUGGCACCUCAACCAGAAGUGCGCAACAUUCCAUUCCGCUACGUCAAACCUUUUGCUUCAAAGCCACAUCACAUCGUACCUCCCCCUGAACCUGCUCCAUCUGUCGAACCUACCAUCACAUCACCUCCAACCAUCGAAAUCAUGCCUCCUCGCGGCCCACCUUAUGAUGAGUACCUCGUCGUCAAGAGGGAGAACACACGCAAGUGGUCCGACGUUCGCCAUCAUCCUCCGCCGGCUCNNCAGACUAUUCACGACCUUCGAGAGACUAUCUUGCACCCGCUAGGGGGUGUGUAUGCUGCUCCUUGCCAAGACUACUCGGCAUCUUACAGAGAGCAUCCUGCACCUUCUCAACGCAAUCCUGCACCUAUUCGAGACUAUCCAGCACCAUAUACUGCGCCUACCAGAGACAUCCCUCCGCGCUUUCACGAUUAUCCAUCAACAGUCAGCAGUCGUCCAGCACCGCUGGAGGAGUAUCCACUUCCUUCCAGAGAACGUCCUGCACCUCUUCCAAACAACAGACCUAACAAGCGCCGUGUUUCUUUCUCUGGAGAGGAUGAGGUCGCUACUCUUCCGCCCGAUUUGCCUUCUAAUCGCGAUGAUGGUUCCAUGCAAGGUCUCUCUCGAAUGCGUUCUCAGCCUCCCAACCUUACUGGAAUGCCAGNNAGUGUCCACGACGAUUGCGUGUACGAGAAACAGCGCAAUCGCACCUAUGUCGACCCUGCCGAAAGACCCUAUGUCCCAGAGCCCAAGUGGACCCCACUCAGCGAGUCUCCUGCACGCGAACUUCCUCUUGUAGAGGAGUCAUACGCUCAUGGUCCUUACAGAGCCGAAAACUCACCUACACCAAGCAUGCAAGUCCACGUUGACAAGGACGACUUUGUCCUCGACAAGGGCAAUGAACCUCGCAAGGCUCCUCGACAGUACGAACCUCGUCCAGCCAGGCAGGAAGAUCGUGCUUGGACCAGAUGUGUGACGGUCAAGGAAUACAGAGACGAGAAGGGACCUUUUGUCGAAGUGGAGGAAAAGUUUGUCUUUGAUGAUGGGCGUUGA